AUGGACAUCUACGACUCCGGUCUUCUGGCCGGUACUGGCCGUGCUGAUGGGUCCAGUACGCCGACCAGCAACGAUCAGACCAACAAGACGGAACUCGAUCAAAACGUCGAAAAGCUCGUGGGCAACAUCUCGAACUGGUGGACUGGCUUUGCCAAAAAGUCGCAGGACUCGAUCACACAGGCGCGCAAGGAGAUGGAGAAUCGAGGAGGUAUCGUCAAUUACGCAAAGAGCGAAUAUGCCAAGUUCGAAUCUUCCAUAGGCGAAGCUCAGAAGAAGGCACGCGAUCAGAGCCAGCAGCAACCACAAGAAGGUGAUCAGCAUCCCAAGGUCGACUCGGAAUCCCUGGACAUCGCCUCUGGAGAUGCUGCAAUCCGAUCCGAGAACAGCAAGGGAAAACAGAGAGCCAUCGACGAUCCUACCGCAGCCGCAGCCACAGACAGCACAACGCCUCACAGCGACGGUCCAACCCUAAGCGCUUCGGUCUCGUCGCUCUUCAAUAAACUCACCUCCGACCCACGACUUGUCCAGCUGCAGCAUUCUUUGACCUCCACGCUUCAGUCCGUCUCUUCACCUUCACAAGCAGGCAGCAAGGAGCCGAAAGACGGCGAAUCUGCGGAGAAGCCGACAGGAACGACCCCGAUCAACAUCCAAGAGUCCCUUGCGAAGCUCUCGGUGACGAUUCAGUCGCAUCUUCCACAUCUCGAUCUCAAAGAGUCGCAACAGUUGGCCACACGCUACUUGCACGCCACCGAGAGUUUUGCUCGCGAGAUGCAAUCAGACAUGAAGGACUUUGUCGGCGAGCUGGUCCGCAUCGUGCCGCCAGAAGGCGAAGCGGCAGAGAGCGGCGCUCCGACAAGUGCUGGGUCCGAGCCCAUUCGCAAGGCAGGAGCAGCAGACAAGUCGACUCCCGACUCCCAAUCCGAGAAGCCUAUCGAGGCCUCCGAGGGCACGACAGGGCCAGCGAAGAAACCAACUGCAGCUUCUGCGGAGGAAGAAGACUUUGCAUGGGACGAAGAUGAUGAGGAGGCCGCCGCCGCCAGCACCGAGGCUGCUCUUCCAGCAACACCGGCGACGGACAGAGCAUCGGCAGCAGACAAGACAACCACGACCACCUUUCCCGCUGUCUCCGCGUCCAAGCCCGUUCCAGGUAAAGCCGGAGAAUCCGAAGAGGAUUCCGACUGGGAGUGA